AUGGCGACGGAGAGGGAGCAUCACAUCCGUCGGAUGGACCGGAACAUUUUCGGCCUGCUUGAGAAACACCGGCUCGACUCGCGCGAGGUGCCUCCGCCUUACUGCGAGCAUGAUUACGCGCGCCGAAUGCAGUUCCACCCCUCGUUAGUGUCGCGCCUUGCUUUGGAGACCGUUAUGGAGGGUCAUCGGGGGUGUGUGAACGCAAUAGCAUGGAAUCGAUCCGGCUCUCUCCUUCUCUCCGGUUCUGACGAUUUUAUGGUGAACGUGUGGGACUACAGCUCGCGGCGGCUGGUUCACUCAGUGGACUCGGGCCAUUCAGGCAACAUCUUCUGUGUGCGCUUCAUGCCCGAGACGGGGGAUGAUGUGUUAGCCUCUGGCGCUGGCGACAAUGAGGUGCGAGUGCACAGGCUCUCACGCUCCCCCGCUCCUGCCCCCGCCACGUCAUCCUCCCCUUCUGCAACUGGCUCACCCGGCGCCGGACGGCAAGAUUUGUCUGCAUCCGGCGGUCCGUCCCAUUCAUCAGAGCAGGCAGCAAUGUUCCGGUGCCACAACCGACGGGUCAAGAAGCUUGCGGUGGAGGAGGGCAAUCCGCAUGUGGUGUGGAGUGCGAGUGAGGACGCCACACUAAGGCAGCACGACCUGAGAGAGACGUCCAUCUGUCCACCGCCCACCACUCACGCACGCUCCCACUCCCCUCUCCACCACUCUCUGUUUCAUGGCGCCUCUGAAUGCCGCAGUGUGCUGCUUGAUCUUCGGGCAGCUGGAAAAGUUUCUCUCGAAGAUGCCCCGCGGGACUCAUUGGCCCUCAAGUCCUGUGCCAUCAGCCCAACCCGGCCGCACCUACUGAUGGUGGGAGGAAGUGACGCCUUUGCUCGCAUCUACGAUCGCCGCAUGCUCCCAUCGCCCUCCUCCCUCUCCCGCGCCUCCCCUCGGCCCAAGCCCCCGCCCCCACUGCUCCUGCUCGCCCCCAGUCACCUCUCUGAACCGCAAGGGCGGUCAGGCCUGCAUCUGACCCACGUGGCCUUCUCAGCCAAUGGGGAGGAGGCGUUGCUGAGCUACAGUGGCGAGCACGUGUACCUGUUUGACCUGGACCGAGCAACCCUGCCGUCUAUGAUCUACACGCCUGCUGACGUGGCAGCGUCUCACAGGCUGGCUCCCCUCAAGCCCUCGGACCUUCAUUACAAUCACAAAAUCGGCACCACCCCCAGCAUCAGCAAUGGCCGCACUAACGGAUUUUGCCAGCCAGACCGGCAGCAGCAGCAGAUCUCGUCGCGACAAGAACAGGAGUUAGAGCACAGUGUACAUAACCAACAUAAGCCCUCUUCUCCUCGCCUAAAGCCCCAUACUCCCAAGCCUGGAUCAGCUAAGCACUCCGAGCCUGCUAGCCUCGGGGUGAACGACAGAAACGGCGCUCUUCCGAAGCAGGGUGACAGGCCUGGCAGCGGCAGCAGCAGCAGCAGCGUGUGGGAUAGGUACACCAAUGGACGGACCGAACUGCCUCGGGCUGGAGUGGUUCGGGACCGAGCCGUGGGCCCAGGCUUGGGAUCGAGGGACCGGGAUUAUACCAAGCUGCAAGAGUGCGAGCAGCUGUUGGAGGAAGCUUCUGCGAUAGUUCUCGGCCUGGAGGCCGAGUCAGAAGCAGCCCGACCAGCCGGCGAGGGGGGAGAGGGGCAGGGAGGGCCGUCAGGUGCCACCCCAGGUGCCGCCUCAGGUGCCGCCUCAGGUGCUGCGUCAGGUGCCGCCUCAGGUGGGGCGGGCAGGAGGGCGUCCAGGGAGAGGACGCGGAGCCAGCAGGUGGCGUCCGGGCGGCGGGCCAGCCUGGCAGUAGACCUGUGCAGUGCGGUGCUGGAGGAGGGGGGGGAUGUGAUUGGACCGGGGGUGCGGCAUGACGCGCUCUGUACACGAGCUGCUGCAAUGCUGGAGAGGGGAUGGAAGAAUGAUGACCUGAUGGUGCUGCGUGACUGUAACGAAGCCAGGCGGAUCCUCCCCACGUCCAUCCGCGCUCACCUCUACAUGGCCCAUGCCUUCUCCCAGCUGGGGCAGCAUCAGGAGGCGGUGGAGUUUGCAGAGCGAGCAGCCGUGUUCGACAGCAACCUCUCCUCCUACGUGGUGUCCCUACGAGCCAAGAUGGCUGCUGCAGAGCGAGCAGCCGUGUUCGACAGCAACCUCUCCUCCUAUGUCAUGUCUCUGCGAGCCAAGAUGGCUGCUGCAGGUAGCGAAAAAAUCCCACCUCACUGCGCCUCACUGCACUGCACCUCACUGCACCUCACUGCAGCACCUCCCCUCUCCUCUUAUGUCAUGUCUCUGGAGGAGGCUCCACCUGCAGUGGUGGAAGAGGAGAGAGUGGAGAGAGAGGGAGUGGGGGAAGGGGGAGCAGGGGAAGGGGGAGUAGGUGCAGGGGGAGCGGGGGAGGGGGGAGUAGGUGCAGUGGGAGCAGGGGAGGGGGGAGUGGGCAGAAGAGUGGAGGGGGGUGAAGUUAGGGGGGAAGAGGAGGUGGAAUUGGCAGAGGAGGGGUUAGCGGAAGAGGGUGGGGAGGAGGGUGCUGAGGAGGAAAACGAGGAGGAUGAAGAGGAGGAUUUUGAGGUUCGUGUGGACGUGAGACUGGGUCCAGGCGUUGAAGCAGAGGAGAGAGAAGAAGACAGGGGUGAUGCACUGGUGGGAGGAGGAGAAGGAGGAGCGGGAGGAGCGGGAGGAGGAGGGGGAGGAGCGACGAGGGGACGAGGGGCGGGAGGAGGAGAAGUGAGUGGGGAGGCAAGAAGGGUGAGUCUGAACCUGAGACUGAGGAGGAGCAGAGAAGGGGAGGAGGACCGAGAGGAGGGGGUGCGACGGGAAAAGAGCGCGAGAGGAGCAGGCGGAGAGACGAGGAGAAUGGGUGCCGGGAGUGUGUGUGCGCGGGAGGAGGGAGCGGAGGAGGACGAGGAAGGAGAGGAGGGGGAGGAGGGUGAAGAGGAAGAGGUGAAAGGGGGGAUGAGGGCAGUGGAUAUGCGGCAGCGGUUUGUGGGGCACUGCAACACGGGGACGGAUAUCAAGCAGGCGUCGUUUCUGGGCGACCGGGGGGAGUUUGUAACGAGUGGGAGUGAUGACGGGCGGUGGUUUGUGUGGGAGAAGCGGACUGGCCGGGUGGUGAAGAUGCUGGCAGGGGACGAGCAUGUGGUGAACUGCAUUCAGUGUCACCCCGUUGACUGCUGUGUGGCCACUAGCGGCAUCGACGACACCAUCAAGUUGUGGACGCCCCAUGCACCAUCGGCAUCAAGGGUGGCAGCAGGGGUGGGGGGGCCUGAACCUGCCGACAUGAUUCGAGUGAUGGUGGAGAAUCAGCAGCGUAUGCGGCGACCUCGGGAGUUCUUUGCGCCAAUGGAGCUUCUGCAGCGCCUGCAGAUGCAUGAGAACGCCGGGUUUGAAUGUGCGCAGUCCUGA